AUGGCCGUGCGGCGUGCAUUGAUGGGCCUGGACAUGAUGGAGGCGUUCGAUGUGUGUAUCGUAGUGGUUGAUGAGGUGAGUGCCAGACUGAAGGAGCUCGAGAGCCAGGGGGUGAUCGAGAAGAAGGUGAUGGCCUCCAUGCUGGAGGGGAUCCCAGGAGUCGAUGUGUACCUGGAUGACAUCCUGGUUCACGCUCGCUCUCAGGCCGGGCACGACGCUCAACUGAAGGCUGUGCUCCAGUGUUUUGAUGCCCACAGGGUUCGUGUGAACUGGAGCAAGAGCGUCACCAACCAGAGAGAGAUCGGUUUUCUCGGGUGCCAGAUCUCCGGUGACGGUGUCCGUAUCGACCCGGAGCGGCUCCGGCCUCUGCUGGACGCGCCCGAGCCCCGGGACGAGAAGAGCCUCCGCGCCUUCCUCGGAGCCGUGGAUCUCGGUGAGUUUUUGACCCGGCUGGGGGUCAAGCACACCUUCAGCACGCCCUACUCGCCACAUACAUGCGGCAUGGUUGAGCGGCUGAACCGCACAGUGAAGGACGCAGUCCAGUCCGCGCGGCUGGCGAGGGAGCCGCGCUCUGCCUUCCUCCGGAAGUUUCUCAGCGAGUACCGCGCGACGAGCCCGGCCCCCCCGUACGCCCUCUCAACGCCGGACAUCACGCUGCACCACUCGUCGCUCACAAACCGGGUGGAGUGGGAGACCCUAACAGCACUACCGUCGGACCACUUCCCGAUACUGGUCAAAGUACGGGUGGGUAAACGGAAGAAAGAGGAGAAGCGAAAGACCAAGCCGUCCUUCAAGAAAGCGGACUGGGCCCUGUUCGAGAAGAUCAUUGAAGAGAAACUGGCGGCCUCCCCAGAGCGUGACCCUGUGCCGUGGUGGACCGAGGAGGUGGACGAGGCCGUCAGGAGACGGGACGAGCUCCGAGCCCAGGCCAAGGCAGACCCGGCGGCCGGCGCGGCCUGGAGAGAAGCGGCCAAGGAGGCGAGCCUCACCAUCACCAAGGCGCGGCAGGAGUCCUGGCGGACGUUUGCGUCCGGGCUGUCGCUCCGCUCCGAUGUGGGCCAGGACAGCGAGAAGGCGGACGCUUUCAUGCGCGUGUACAGCGCCGUCAGCCACCUACCGCCACGAGUCCGGGAGGACCGGCGAGCGACCCACGAACUGACGGACUUCCUCCGCACGCCCUGCACCCAGUGCGGCCACAGUAGACGGGGAUGCUGCUCCCCGUUCUCCGAGGCGGAAAUGACGGAGGAACUGAGCCGGCUCCCCGCGAGGAAGGCCGCCGGACUGGACCGCAUCGCUAACGAGAUGCUGGUCCGUCUGGGGACAAGAGGUCGUGCCAGGCUCCUUCAACUCCUCAACUUCUCCUGGAUGAGGGGCGAGCUACCCUCCAUCUGGACCAAGGCAGAAAUCGUCCCGAUCCUGAAAAAAGGCAAACCACCCGACCAGGUCAAGUCCUACCGCCCCAUCAGUCUGCUGAGCUCGACGUCGAAGCUGCUGGAACGCCUCAUCAACCGCCGCCUGAUGUAUCUGCUGGAACACCGCCAACUCCUGAACCCCAACCAGGCCGGUUUCCGGAAACACAGGUCGACGGAGGAUCAGAUUCUGAGGCUGGUACAGGCGACGGCGGAUGGCCUUGAAGAAAGGAAGCGGACCCUGCUGGUGACGGUGGACUUCUCCACAGCCUAUGACAAGGCAUGGCGCACGGGCCUCCUCUGGAAGAUGUCCCGCCUCGGGCUCCCCCGUUGCUACGUAGCAUGGUUCCGGGCCUUCCUCCGGGACCGUCAAGCAUGCGUGAGAAUAAACAACACAAGGAGCGCGGUGACAUCCCCGGCGCUGUUCAACCUAUUCAUCAACGACAUCACCGACGACUUCCCACCGGGCGUGUCGGCGUCGCUGUACGCCGACGACCUAGCCAUCUGGUGCAGCGACCGUGACGUCUCUGCCGCCGAGACCAAGGUGCAGCGUGCCCUGGACAGCCUGGAGGAGUGGGCCCGACGCUGGAAAAUGGUGGUCAGCCUGGAGAAGACUACCUCCAUUAUCUUCACGCUUGACCCAGCUGAGGCACGGCGAGAAGCGGCGCUCCAUUUCCAGGGCCAACCAGUGAAGUUCUCCCCCACCACGACGUUCCUGGGCAUCACCCUCGAUAGAAGCCUCACCUUCACGGGACAUGUGAAGACGAUCAAGGCCAAGAUGCUCCAAAGGAACAACGUCCUCCGGGCCAUCAGCGGCACGACGUGGGGCUGCUCACCGUCUGAUCUGCGCAGCACAUACCUCGCCUUCUCUCGCGCCUGCGCCGACUACGCCGCCGGUGCUUGGAUGCCCGGCCUCAGCGAGUCUGGCCUGAGGGAGCUGGAAACGGUGCAAAGACAGGCGUGCAGGACAAUCACCGGAUGUGUCAGAUCCACACCAGUGGACGCCCUGGCCAGAGAGGCGGAUCUCCUGCCUUUCUCGGCGCGGCGGAGGCAGUUGGCGGCUGUGGCGAUGGAGCGCCACUCCCGGGACCUACCAGGCGACCCUGUGCAGCGGAUCCUCCUCCCUGAGAACCGCCCCCGGCAACGUCUGCGCUAUGACAGAGGAUGGGCACGGACGGGCCAAGAGAUAUCCAAAGACGCCGGCCUAGACGACCUCCCACGCGAGCCGUUCCUGGUGGUUGCCAGCACCCCUCCCUGGGAGUCACCGCCGCCUCCAACGGUCCUCUUCCACACUGGACUUGAGAGGCCGCUACCGCAAAACGCCCCCGCCGAACAGCGACGGACUGCCGCCGAGGAGACGCUAGCCGGACUGCCGAACCCGGACGUCCAGGCUUUCACGGACGGCUCGGCCACAGCCGGCACAGGACGAGGCGGAGCAGGGGCAGUCGUCUAUAGGAGCGGCAGGGAAGUGAAGAGGAUCCGAGCGCCAGCGGGGCGCUUCACUUCGAGCUACACAGCGGAGCUUCUCGCUCUACGAGAGACACUCAAAUACAUCGAGUCCAUCCUCACCGAUCAAGACCCUGUACUCAAUAUCCAGCUGUGCACCGACUCCCUAUCAUCCCUCAUGCGUCUGAGGGAAGGCCCGGCCAACCAGACUGAACGGGUCGCUGACCAAGUCUGGCUAUCCCUCCGGCGACUAGGACGACGCCACCGCGUGGACCUUCAGUGGGUUCCCGGUCACGCGGGAGUCGCCGGCAACGAGAUCGCCGAUGCCGUGGCCAGGGAGUCCGCUGAGCUGCCGCAGGACGGGACACCCAUCACCUUCGCGGCGGCCAAGAGCCUGCUGAAGCGCCACGUGAGCAGAGAGUGGGUGGAGAGCACGCGCCACUCCCGACCGGCGCCCGCGACCCGCCCGCACCUAAGCCACGACUACCACGAUGUCGUCGGCCCGGGCAGGGUCAGGCUGGCAGACAGGCUCGGCCUGUCUAGGAGAGAGGGCACCGCUCUGGCGCGCCUCCGGACCGGCCACUCUCCUGCCCUGCAAGCUUACCGUCACCUCAUCGGGGCGGAGGAGGAGGAUGGGUGCCCGACCUGCGACGGCGGAGUCAGGGAGGACGCGGAACACUUCCUGACGUCGUGCCCCGCGACGGCCCGCGGCCGUCACGACGUUUUCGGGAGAGAGGACCCGACGCUGCGGGAGGUCUUCGCUGACCCAUGCCGGGUUAUCGAGUUCCUGCGGCGCCUGGGCCGACUAUAG